GCGGGAUGCCUCAGUCGGGAUGCCGGUCGCGCACCCUCUCGUCCAUUCGGUAGCGCGAUGAUCGGUGAACAACGCGUUCAACGUGUCCCGGGAACCGCGCAAGGCCGAUUCCGGCUGUUGACCGGCGCCGUGCUGCUGUCCACGAUCGCGGGAAGUGCAUGGACCGACAACCCCGUUCUUGCAUCCGAGGGACCCAGCUUCAGCGCGCCAAUAACAAACGUGACGGUCCCGGUGGGUAGAGAAGCUAUCCUCGCCUGCGUCGUGGCGAAUCUCUCCAUGUACAAGGUGGCAUGGCUGCGGGUGGACACGCAAACCAUCCUGACGAUAGCCAAUCACGUGAUAACGAAGAAUCACAGAAUCGGCGUCACGCACAGCGAGCACAAAACGUGGCAUCUACACAUACGUGAUGUCCGCCAGAGCGACCGGGGCAACUACAUGUGCCAAAUAAACACUGACCCGAUGAAGAGUCAGAUUGGUUAUUUGGAGGUUGUAGUUCCGCCGGAUAUCUCGGACGACUCGACGAGCACGGACAUGGUGGUCAGAGAGGGUAGCAACGUCUCGUUGCGUUGCGAAGCAACAGGCUCGCCGAAGCCAAACAUCACCUGGAGGAGGGAAGACGGCGAGUUGAUUAGUCUGGGGAAGAAUCUGGAAGUGGCCAGCAUUGAAGGAUCGAUCUUCAAUAUCACGAAAGUGAACAGACUGCAGAUGGGAGCUUACCUUUGCAUCGCGUCCAAUGGCGUGCCGCCGACGGUCAGCAAGAGAAUUAUGCUCGUUGUACAUUUUACCCCGAUGAUUUCGAUCCAGAACCAGUUAGUGGGCGCCCAAGAAGGCCAGCAGAUGACGUUAGAAUGUUACUCUGAAGCAUAUCCCAAAUCCAUCAAUUAUUGGACAAGAGAGGACGUCAUUAUAUCAAACGGUGACAAGUACGAGCCGUCUUUCUCGGACAAUGCGUACAAGGUGCACAUGAAGCUCAUGAUACGCUCGGUCGCGAUGUCCGAUUACGGCAGCUAUAAAUGCAUAUCUAAAAAUUCCCUCGGCGAGACGGACGGCAGCAUUAAGCUCUAUCACAUACCGACACCCACCACGGAACCGACGACGACGAGCACGCUGGCCGUCCCCACCACCGUGGAUCUAGUGGAGAACAUCCAGUGGUCGCGACAAAAGCCCGUGCCCAGUCUGGAACCGAGCUCUAAUGAAAUAACCGACGCAUCUUUGCCGGCUGUCGUCAGAAGCGAAGAAACGCGACUUCGCGGCAGGCCGAGCCACGAGGAGGCGAGUCACGAGGCUGAGAACGUCAUCGACAGCGUCGACAAGCACAAGAAGGCCGACGGGAACAUUGGGCCGCGCAGGAUCGACAAUACGCCGCAGUCGAUGUCCUCGAAGAGCAGUACGUGGCAUUGCGCGACCCGGUCCAGCGCGGUGAUCUGCAUAAUAGUGCUUUCCGCCCUGUCGUAGUCGUCGCGACGCGACGCGGGGACGACGCGGAUCGCAUCGAGAUCCAUCCCGCUGCAGGAUCAAUCUCUCUCUCAUCCUCUCUCAUCCGCGCAAGGGAUCAAUUAAUCGACGGGUCGAGGGUAAAUAGCGCAGACUCACCGAAAGAGGAUCCACCGCUGCCUGCGUAACAGCAUACGCCGAACGUCUUUAUGAGAGCAAAAUUAUUACUAAUAUUAUAUCAUAGCCGAAGCCCACCCACGAGCGUGCAACCCUCGUUGAAUAACAAUGGAAGACUCCACCGAGAGAAAUUUGCCCGCACCGAAUUCCGUUUGCAGCGCGAGUCGUCGCGCGAAUCGCCGCUUUUUCACGCUCUCGGCUUCUCGAGAGACUCGAUCGCGUCACGUUCUUGUGCGAGGAUGCAUUCGCGUCGCGGAAAAAGAAGAGAGAGAGAGAGAGAGAGAGAGAGAGGGAGAGAAACGAGCGAAAUCGCUCCCACUUCAUCCGCGACGCGAGCGCAUCCUUAUUUCCAAUAAAUUGUUGCGUAAACGCCAUCAACGUGUGAUUUCAAGCGAAAUCUCUGCGUGUUGCUGUUAUCGGUGUUCAUCGACAUCAUUAUAUAUUUGCAACGAGUGUGCACCUGGUUAUUUGCCGAGCCGGAAAUAAAUAAUGUAAUUCACGCGAUAAUGCACGCUGCAAAUACCCGCCGCUGCCGUAAUAGCAUUAACGGACUUGUUUGUUCAUUCGUUCAUUUCGCUCGGUACGCGAGCCGAGUUGGUUCGCUUUUCCUCCUUCCUCCUUUUUUUUUUCUUUUUUUUUUAUCGGAGAUAUAUCCGCUGCCUCGUGAGAGCGAUCGAUAAUCGUCCCGAGUCGCCGUCGUCGUCGAGCUGUCAGCCAAGUUUCAUCCAAGUCCAGCCCAGCAAUCGAGCGUUUCCUCGGAACGGACCCCCCCGGCGUGACGACGAUUUCUCUUAUCUGAUUUCACCGUUAUCGCCAAAUUCUUCCUUCCAAUCUUUCUACCGUCGGGCGAAAGGGAGAAAGAAGGAGGCCUUCAAAUCGCGCUCAUCGUUAGCGAAACGAGAUCUCCCAAUUUCUUUCAAAGAACUCGAUUCGGAUUUCUCCUUUGAUGCCCGGGCGGCUUAGCCAGAAGGCUUCCGCGAACAUUCGUGUCCAAUUCGCAAUUAUAUAUCGCAAGGGACAGGAUCGAUCGCUCACGACACUACUACGGCGUUUCAGUAGAUGGACCGUCCGUGCACAUACCACUUCUUCCGCUUGUUUGCACCGCUCGAUAUGAUUCUCAACGCGGAGGGUUAGUCGACCUACCAAACUAAGUGUGUAUAAAUUAGUGCGUAAGCGUAGAAGUUAAAGCCGUGUGACGUGCGAUACCGAGAGAGAAUAAGUCGCGAACGGUGCAUAAGAUGCAACGAAAAACAGCCGGUACUUGUACAUUCCCAGGAUUAAUCACUUGCAUAUACGUGUAAAUAACGAGUUACGAUCUCGCGCGGAUCUUUCCGCGCUAUUGUCGCUGUACUAAUUGUAUCGAUAAGAACGGUUUUGUACAUACCGAGUCUCCCCCGCGAACGCGCGUAGACUAAGAGUGUGGGUAGUCGUCGACGUUUUUAUAUAUGUGAAUGUCUCAGCAAGUGAAAUUAUCGUCUCUCCGAAACACAGCAUGUAUGCCCGAAAAACGAAUCCCCAGUACGAAGUCACCCUCGAGUCUUUUCGCGUCGCCCGGUCUUGAGUUGUCACGAUCGAGAGAAACGUGUGUGUAACGUUUCUACCGCAACGCGGCCACGCCGCUACGAUUAGGGUUGGUUGAAGCGCAUCUUCCAAUCGCGAAGACGCUUAUGAUCGCGCGAGGUGACUUGUAUACAAAAGUCUCGCAUCGAAUUGCUACCCCCCGAGACUAGUAUUUUGUAUUCACGCGCCGAAAGUAUUUUUGCGACGUAUUAUUUAUAUCUCAUUAUUAAGCCGGACGCAAAUAAAGGACAUAUUUAGUAUACCGAUUUGAAAUUCACGCGGCUGGGAAUAGCCGCGAGCGCGCUCUCUCACUGCGCAUGGCAAGUUUUGCGCGGGAAAACGGCGCGACGCUCAAAGCGCGCGCCGAGAACGAUCUGUUCGCGUUUCCGCAUUCAAUAUCGACGUGAGGAGAUUCGACAUCAACCCACGUCCGCUCAAUGAUACAAUCGAAUUUUGUCGAUUAAUUUAAGUGUCUGACACACACACACACACACACAUACAUGCGCGCGCGUAUACACAAACUCUACAUGUCAGUCAAACACAACUUCGAUACGAACAGUGUGUAUUCUGUGUCUCAACUCAGGAGCUCCACGUGUAAAUAUUAAUCAACCGGACUAUGUUACGAUCGUGUAUUAUAAAAUGGAUGGAACCCCUGUAAAUAAUCACGGCCGGCUUUGUAUCAUGUUAUAUAGGAUGGUACACGAUCCAUUAUGAUGACACACGUGUGUGUAACUCUACUUUCUAGAUGAGGUAUUACUAAAUAUACGUGUACAUAUAUUUGUUACAACGUUAUAUAUAUAUAUAUAUAUAAACUAUCGUCCGCGGUUAGUACGAGUUUUUCACAAUUUCCCUCAAAUUGUUUGUUCAAUCGUCGAGGCGUGCGCGAUUCUGCCGCAUUCCGAAGCUAUAAACUCGACGUUGAAGGCGUUCAGUUCAGAGUCAUCGCGCGCGUUUUCGCGCGCACGCACAUGAUGUCACACGCGGAACAUCGCUCAUUCUUAUCGCGAGCGUCCCGUACCACUCGAAUCCAAAUUUCCGUUAGUCGUACUUACCGGUAGCGCCCGUCGAUGCGAGAAAAAUCGAUUUCAGUGAGCUUACUACCGCUUCCUAGAGGCUAAUAUCCGCAGAACGACUUUGAAACGAGAUUCCACAGAGACGUGGAGGUCCCGAGGAGUAUUGUAAAGAGAAUUAUGUUUCCAGCGCCGUAGUGUCAGUAGCAUGACGAAAGACGUUGUAAACUGAAUGGACGAAUGCAACUGGAAUGAAUAAAUAUCGAAUGUUUAACCCACUUUGUAUCAACCCUCUUCCGUACACGUCUCACCAGCCGGGAGGAGCGUCUCCCUUGACGGACGCGACCGUUCCAUCGCGAUGAAGCAAUUAAUCGCGCGUAAGGUCAUCUUGAAACGUCUCCGCUCUCUCACUCACGGAGAGAACCGAGAUUCGCGCUGUGAUUAAUGAUCCCGCGUAUUCAUGCUGCGCGAGAUUAAUCUCAGAGCGCCGCCCCCGCGCGGUGUGGCGAGAACUUUGAAAUAUUCAGAAUUAGCGAGGGAUUGGCAGGCGGGUCACCUAUUCGCAGUUACGAUGCGCUCGCGAUUCAGUCGCGUCGAAUAAUGCGAAGUACCCCACGCGCGAGGGGACGCCAUACCGCCGACCGGUUCUUUGAUGUAUGUACGCAUGCAAACAGCACGUAUCCACGUAUUGUAGCUCUCUCUCUCUCUCUCUCCCUCUCUCUCUCUCUCCUCGGUAUAGAUGAAAUACGAGACGGCUCUUUAUGUGUCUAUUGAAAGCAGCACGUGAGUGGCCCAUUCUUCCGUGUAAGCCCGCGAUAUAUUCCAUCGAUGUGGCGUGUCGAGGGCUGACCUGGCAGCAGACGCCGCUCGUUUCAUUCGAUUUACAUUCGAGGACAGUUGUCAAAAGCGCGAGAGCGCGCCAAUGGCAUCUCGCGCGUUACAUAGCGGUGAGCCUUAUCUAGAUCGCAGCGCUCUAUACAGCGUCGUUCGACGGGGCAGUGUGGAUCGUCACGGCAAUAAUGAAGCGAAUCCACUUUGCAGCGAUGCUCCAUAUUGUGCGAAAUAACGACUGCGGGAUGAUUGAAUUGUGAGACGUAGCUCGAGACGAAAGCAUCAUUGACGAGGACUCUCCUUUUCUUCGGGAAAGACGUAUGUAUGUUCGCGAACCUGCAAUCUUGCAGGCUCAGUCGCGGGGAACGGCCCGGCAGUUGUGCGCGCGAGCAAACGAGUCUCGCUCUUUUUCGCGAUUUUCGGGAGCUGGAAUAUACUGGAGAGAAGCGAGAAGUUAAGUAGUAAAUUUGUAUUUCAUGUAUACACGAAUAUCUUUCUCCGAUGUCGACAGUGCUUACAGGACUAGAUCGCGUGCGAGAAGCACGGGCAGUGGCGCAACCAGAUCGACUCUGACGAACGCGAGACAAUUGCGACGCGUCGCGCGACGCGUACGUAAUUAAACAAUCGUAUUAGUCUACGCUUUAUUGUUUAACGACUAUCUGCCGGCCCAUGGCGGAGACAUAAUCGUGGAGACAUCUGUAAUUUACAGCCACAUUAUCGAGCCCGCUGCUUCAAAGACGAAGGGGACGCGCGGCUCUCAUUGUCAGCGGCAUUCGUCCCGACAUCGAUCUUGCUUUACAUGCACAAUAGCGCGGUGGCGAUCCUCUCUCAACCUUGUAACAAAAUUUUACGAAAUAUCCCGGGAUGCGAGAAACGAGACGUACUCAAAGUAAGUCGUCCCUUGCUUUAUUACAUUAUGCGAGAGACACGUAUAGUUACGCCACCAAUCAGCACAGACAAUGCAUUCUACCUGUACACUACGACACUUUUUUUUUGUUUCUUUAAUAUUUAUACCUCGUAUAGAACUAUGCGGUAUGUAUAGAUAUA